CUUACAGGCCCCACCAUGUGGAUGCUUCCAGGGCAGAAUCAAAGCUGGGUUACUGAAUUUAUCCUCCUUGGCUUCUCUAGUGACCCAACAUCCAAUGGGAUACUCUUCGUUGUCUUCCUUCUCCUCUAUCUGAGCUCAGUUCUGGGAAAUGGGCUCAUCAUCACCCUGGUCUGCCUGGACUCACAUCUCCACACUCCCAUGUACUUCUUCCUCUCUAUUCUCUCCCUGCUGGACAUGGGCUAUGUCACGACCACUAUACCCCAAAUGCUGGUGCAUCUUCUUGCUGCCUCCAAGACCAUCUCCUUUGUUCAUUGUUGGCUGCAGAUGUAUGUGUUUUGUGCCCUGGGUGUGACUGAGGCCAUCUUCUUUGUGGUCAUGGCCUAUGACCGAUAUGUGGCUAUUUGCUACCCACUGCAUUAUACUGUUAUCCUUACCUGGGAUCUGUGCAUGCGGCUGGCAGGUGGGACCUGGACCUGUGGUUUCUUCUUGUCUCUGAUCCAUACCUCCUUCACCAUGAGUCUACCCUACUGUGGGCCCAACACCAUCAACCACUACUUCUGUGAAGGCCCCUCAGUACGGACCUUGGCUUGCAUGGAUACCCAUGUCAUUGAGAUGGUGGACAUGGUCAUCAGUUUCUUUGUGCUUCUUGCCCCAAUCUCCCUCAUUGUUGCCUCCUACACACGUAUUGCCCUGGCCAUUCUCAAGAUCAAGUCCACCCAGGGUCGUUGCAAGGCCUUCUCUACCUGUGCUUCCCACCUGACUGUGGUCACAUUCUUCUAUGCUCCAGCCACCUACAUCUACAUGAGACCCAACUCCAGAUACUCCCCUGAGCAUGACAAGCUGACGUCAUUCUUUUACAAUGUCUUCACUGCUCUGCUUAACCCUGUGGUCUACAGCCUGAGGAACAACGACAUCAAGGUGGCCUUUCUCAAGGUGAUGAGGCAUGGUAGGGUGGCCUGA